CGAGCCUCGAGCGGUCUCCUUAAGUAGCGGCUGCGUGGAUGUUCUUGUAUACUAACCCUACGACGGCACGGCCGGGUGGUGCAGAGCCGGACCGAACGACGUCGGACGCGCCGGAUCUUCUUGACGGAACCAUGUCAAGGCAAGAGGCAGGCGCCAACGCCUCCUCCUGGGUCGUUUCUUCCCGGCGAAGCUCGGCAGCGCCCCAGGCUCCGGCAAGGAGGCCGGCGGAGGAGCCUAAUCGAAGAGGUCGGGGAGGCCGUGGGGGCAGCAGAGGUGGCGGCUGGAGGGGCCCCUCCGGCUUCCAGCAGCCCGUGGCCGAUGAUCCCCAGGAACCGCCGCUCUGCUUUGGAUUGAAGCAAGAUUGGGUUGGCACGGUGAUUGGUCGUGGUGGGUCAAAAAUAAGAGACAUCCAGAGUACAACAAACACCAAAAUAGAGAUAAUAAAAGGGUGCCCUGAAGCAGAAGUGAAAAUUUUCGGCAGCAAGACAAUGCAGACAAAAGCAAAAGCAGUGAUAGAUAAUCUUGUUAAAAAACAAGAAAAUUACAGUUCACAUCCCAGAGUUGAUUUUGUUGCAUCUCAAGCUUCUGUUCGAAGAGAUGUAAGGACAGAUGACAGUGUUGUUACAGAUCAGCCAUUGAUUGAUUGGGAUCAAAUUCGAGAAGAUGCUUUGAAAUGGGGAGAAAAAAAGUGGGCAGAUUUACCCCCAAUUAAGAAAAACUUUUACAUGGAGUCAGAAACAACAAGUUCAAUGUCACAAGCACAAAUAGAUAAUUGGAGGAAGGAAAAUUAUAAUAUAAUGUGUGAUGACUUGAAAGUUGGUGAGAAACGUCCUAUCCCCAAUCCUACUUGUAAAUUUGAGGAUGCCUUUCAGUGUUAUCCUGAAGUUAUGGAAAACAUUAAAAAGGCAGGUUUUCAAAAGCCAACACCAAUUCAGUCACAAGCAUGGCCAAUAGUUCUACAAGGAAUAGAUCUUAUAGGAGUCGCCCAAACUGGAACAGGGAAGACAUUGUCCUAUUUAAUGCCUGGAUUUGUUCACCUUGACUCUCAACCAGUAGCCAGAGAGAAAAGGAAUGGACCGGGCAUGUUAGUCCUUACACCUACUCGAGAAUUAGCUCUUCAAGUGCAAGCUGAAUGUUCUAAGUAUUCAUAUAAAAGUCUUAAAAAUGUUUGUAUAUAUGGUGGUGGAGAUAGAUAUGGACAAAUACAAGACUUGACAAAAGGUGUAGAUAUCAUUAUUGCAACUCCCGGAAGAUUGAAUGAUCUGCAAAUGAAUAACUUUGUCAACCUGAAAAGUGUGACCUACUUGGUAAUAGAUGAAGCUGACAAGAUGCUGGAUAUGGGAUUCGAACCCCAGAUAACGAAAAUUUUAUUAGAUGUACGCCCAGACAGGCAGACUAUUAUGACAAGUGCAACAUGGCCAUGUGCUGUCCGUCGACUUGCACAGUCUUACUUGAAAGAGCCCAUGAUGGUUUAUGUUGAUACUUUGGAUCUAGUUGCUGUAAGUACUGUGAAGCAAAAUAUAAUUGUCACCACAGAAGAAGAGAAACGAUCUCAUAUCCAAACUUUCCUAGAGAGCAUGUCUCCCAAAGACAAAGUUAUAGUGUUUGUCAGCAGAAAAUCUGUUGCUGAUCACUUAUCAAGUGACCUGAUUCUCCGCCAUAUAUCGGUAGAGUCUCUGCAUGGUAACAGAGAACAGAGCGAUCGAGAGAGAGCAUUAGAAAACUUUAAAACAGGUAAAGUGAGAAUACUGAUUGCUACUGACUUAGCAUCUCGAGGUCUCGAUGUCCAUGAUGUCACACAUGUCUAUAAUUACGAUUUCCCCCGGAACAUUGAAGAAUAUGUGCACAGAGUAGGGCGCACUGGAAGGGCAGGGAGGACUGGAGUGUCAGUUACCCUUAUCACUAGAAAUGAUUGGAGGGUUGCCAACGAAUUAAUUAACAUUCUGGAAAGAGCAAAUCAGAGCAUCCCAGAAGAUCUUGUGUCGAUGGCUGAGAGAUACAAGGCAAACAAACUGAAAAAAGAAAUGGAAAAAAAGUUGGGAAGACCCCAAGGAAACCCCAAGAAGUUUUCUUGUUAAUGUCUUUGUUGAAAAGUGUUACCAGCCUACGUAUAGGAGGACUCAAGAUUUUUUAGAGAUCUACAACUUAAGCUAUAUGAAAGUAUGGAACAUACUGGCAGUGUGAAGACUGAUUCUUAAUAGUGUUUUAAAAUGCAGAAUUCAAUAUUUUAUACUUUAAUCAAAAGUAUUUAAACGAGUUGAAAAUAUUUUUCAUGGAUA